ACCAGGCGCACCAGGCGCGGCCGGGAGGCCGAGAACGAGCAGAGUAACCUCGGUCUCCGCUGUCCCGGCGGUCAGCGCCGGGCUGGUCGACGGCCACCCGGACAGCGCGGGACACGGGCCCCGCGGGCCGCGUAUCGUCAUGGGCUCUAGCUGGAGCAACGAGGAGGAACGGCAGCCGCUGCUGGGGCCCGGGCUCGGGCCUGCGCCGGGAGCUGCCUGGAGAAGCCGGGAGGCGGCAGCGGCGGCGCUGCCCGAGGCGGCCCCGGUUCCCGGGCGGGUGUACGGGCGCCGCUGGCUUGUGCUGCUGCUCUUCUCGCUGCUGGCGUUCGCGCAGGGCCUGGUCUGGAACACCUGGGGCCCCAUCCAGAACUCGGCGCGCCAGGCCUACGGCUUCUCCAGCUGGGACAUCGCGCUACUCGUGCUGUGGGGGCCCAUCGGCUUCCUGCCCUGCUUCGCGUUCAUGUGGCUCUUGGACAAGAGAGGUCUUCGGGUAACUGUGCUUCUGACUUCCUUCCUUAUGGUUUUGGGAACUGGUCUAAGAUGCAUACCUAUAUCAGACUUAAUGCUUAAAAGAAGACUAAUCCAUGGAGGACAGCUGUUAAAUGGAUUGGCAGGUCCAACUGUAAUGAAUGCAGCUCCAUUCCUCUCUACAACGUGGUUUUCUGCAGAUGAACGGGCCACUGCCACAGCCAUUGCAUCAAUGCUCAGUUACCUUGGUGGAGCAUGUGCAUUUUUAGUUGGGCCACUUGUUGUUCCAGCUCCCAAUGGGACAUCACCUCUUCUUGCUUCAGAGAGUAGCAGGGCUCACAUUAAAGAUCUCAUAGAGACUGUAUUAUAUGCAGAAUUUGGAGUUGUUUGCUUACUAUUUGCUGCAACACUAGCUUAUUUCCCACCCCGGCCUCCUCUUCCUCCCAGUGUUGCUGCAGCUAGCCAGCGGUUGAGUUAUCGGCGGAGCUUCUGUAGAUUAUUAAGCAAUUUGAGAUUUUUGAUGAUUGGUUUAGCAUAUGCCAUACCACUUGGUGUAUUUGCUGGCUGGUCUGGAGUUCUGGACUUAAUUUUAACACCAGUGCAUGUCAGCCAGGUUGAUGCUGGCUGGAUUGGGUUCUGGUCCAUAGUUGGAGGCUGUGUUGUUGGAAUAGCUAUGGCAAGAUUUGCAGAUUUUAUCAGGGGUAUGCUGAAAUUAAUCCUUCUUCUCCUGUUUUCUGGGGCUACACUAUCAUCCACGUGGUUCACCCUGACCUGUUUGAACAGCAUCACACACCUGCCUUUAACCACAGUGACACUGUACGCCUCCUGUAUUCUCCUGGGAGUGUUUCUGAAUAGCAGUAUACCUAUAUUUUUUGAGCUUUUUGUGGAAACUGUCUACCCAGUUCCAGAAGGAAUUACUUGUGGAGUUGUCACUUUUUUAAGUAAUAUGUUCAUGGGAGUACUUUUAUUUUUUCUCACAUUUUAUCACACAGAGUUGUCUUGGUUCAACUGGUGCCUUCCCGGGUCGUGCUUGCUCAGUCUCCUCCUCAUCCUGUGCUUCAGGGAAUCCUACGACAGACUCUAUCUUGACGUGGUGGUCUCAGUUUAAUAGCACAGAUGGGAAGGAGUUUUAAAAGAGCCUGGAAAUCGAUACUGCACACUGCACAUUUGCCUGGAGGGGCACAUCUAACAGGGAAAAAAAGAAGAGAAACUUCUUCUGAGGUUUUUUAGAUUAAGAUGAUCACAUUAAUUUAAUGGCGACUAGGUAAUAAUUAUGUGGGACUUGAAAGAUAAUAGAGGAUUUAAAAACUCUGUAAAAUGCACAUAUGUGCCUGAUUCUGGGGUUGGACGUAUGGAUUUCUUAUACAUAAAGCACUACCGAAAUAAUGCCCACUAUGUUUUGUGCCAGUGCUAAACUACUGAUGGAUCAUUGUAAUUAUGAAAAGAAAUAAAGGGUGUCAUGUGAAGAUAACUCCUUCCCUAAGUCAUGUAUCAGAUUAGGAAGAAAUGCCCCUACCUCCUAAAGAAGGUUAAACCCUAUAUCAGAUUUGAAUUAUAAAAUAGCCAAGAAGUAUAUUAAUGAUAGAAAUUAACCACAUGUACACUACAUUUUUUCUAAUAAAGCCAUUUCUUAUAUGACUCAUUUUUAAUUAGGUUGGAAACCUUUGGUCAUCUUUAUUAUGCUGAUCGAGUGCUUUCUAGUGACUUCAGAUCACAUACUUGUGUCUCAAUCUCAAAUUAUCCUUGUUUCUGUGAAAUACAAUUUCUACUAGGCUCUUUCAUGGAUAAUUAUAUUAAAGGUGACUAAAUGUUUAAUAUAGUUGCAUUAAAUACUGUAUGAAAAAUGUAAUUCCAUUCUGAUUUAGCACUUUGUUAAGAGUGAAAUGACAAAUUACAUAGAACAUUCUGUGUCUUCAGCAUAUAUAUAUAUAUGUGUGUGUGUGUAGGCAUGGGAUGUAAAGUCCAGCACCAGCUAUUAUUUAUCAGGGUUAAAUUUUAUUACAUGACCCUUGUUUGAAAAGAACAACUUAUAAUAUUGAAACUUUCAAAUCUGUGGAGUGAUUUCUUAAUUACAUUCUUAUAUUUUAAUUCAGGUUUUAAAAUUCUAUAGGGAGUCAAUGUAUUGGAGAGGGUAGUAUUUUGCCAGUACCUGUUCUCUUUCUAUGGAUGGUAGCUUUUAAAAAAAUAAUGGUCACUCACUGGACAGCUCUCAGAUACGUAUUUCACUGUGACAUAAAAUAUGCCGGUAGAAUUACAGUAUUACCACUGAUCACAUUUACACAGUUCCCCUCACACAGGAAAAGCAAACAUUGUCCCAAAAAGUCAGCAGUAAUACUUUACCUUCAUUAUUGUCAUCUUCCUCCAACCCCCUCUCCUUUUUUCCUCAGUUGAAAUUGUAUCUUCAUUGUCAGCUAAAUAUAUAUUUAUUUGUCUUUUUCUGGACAGACGGUGUAAGCCAUGUCCUCUGUUAGCCAAGGUGGUUAAGCAUAGUUAAGGAGAGCUGCUCAGCACUUAAUUCUGCUCACCUCUACACAGGAGCACUCACCUCGGUCUAGAGGAAGAUUCUACUACUGCCAAGCCUUCUUUUAAGAUCAUAAAUUGUGCAACUUGAAAAGUAAGAAAACCCUUGGUUUUAACAUGUCUUCAGUCACUUCUAAGUCAUCCCCUUUUAUAACCAUCCUGCUAGCCUAGCAGUGAGAACUGAAGGAACUAAGGAAUUUGCUAAAAAGGAAAAGAAACCUAUGAAAGCUGGGCUUUAUUCCAGUUAACUCUGUCCUUCUCCUUAAGUACAAUAAGAGGAAAGCAGAAUUCUUGAAGAUGAUUGACAGUCAGCCACUACAGAUAUCGGAUUCCAUGCCCCAGGUGCUAAAAUAACCACCAACUCUUCCUGUUCAAAAAGAAGACAGAAAGGAGAAGGGAGACAUGAAUAUUUUGUUUUAGUCAGAGCUAUUGUGUUUGAGGAUGUUGCUAUAUAAAAUUUUGCUGUAGUAAGACUCCUUUAUUAAAAUACAGAACAUUUUAAUUAUGGUUAAUUGUACUUCUAACACAAAGUAAAGAAUAACUCUUUAAAAAUAUUACCUAAAUGACUAAUUAAUUUAAAGACAUCCCAAGUGAGGGGUGAUAAAAAAUUCUUGCACUGUACAAGAUAACAACUACUGUUUUUAGCUUCCGUGAGAUGAGCUGAGGUGAGUCCCUCUGUCAGUCACUUCAGGUAACUGUCCUCAUCACAAACUGCAGCUGUUUCAAGUGAUCAAAAUUUCAUGUACCAAAUCUGAUAGGAGAGAACCUAAAGGCUUUGUGGAGGGUUAUCAAUCAUUUAUUUACCUGAAUAUUUCAAAUCAUUUUUUUUUUACUUUUUGAGUCUUUUUUAAUCUGUAUGCAUCAAAAUAGACCAGCUGCUGUCUUUACACUUUCUAAGCAAACAUUAUAGAGUCUUAGUGAAAUUUUGUAACUGAAAGAAAUCUUAACCCUCCACUAAUCCAAGCCCCCAUUUUAGAAUUUAUAGAAACAAUCCUAGAAAGGUAAAGGAUCUUUCCGAAGGUCACAAGCCUCAUUAAUGAAAAAAGUAGAAAUGAAACCCACACCUUCUGACCCCAAACGCAGUGUUUUUCCUACCUCACAGAAUUGUAGUAGAGUUUGGACGUUUGGGGGUGUUCAUGAAUAGUCUUCCGUGUUCAAAAACAAUGGGUCUUACGAGCAAAUGGCCGUUAUUGAGUGGAAAGUACAGGGAGGUGAUCACUUGGCUUUAAACAGAUGAUUCUGUGUUCUUCAUCACUAUCCUGUUGGUUCUCUAACAUCUUUAAGUCUCAGAAGAGAUUCUAAUGAAUAAUUCAAUCCUCAUAAACCAAGUCAACAGCAUUACUGAUUGGUAAGGCUGUGUUACAGUGUAAGUUCCCUGUGGCUUAUCAGUGAUUACUUCACAGUUUAUGAGAAGCAGCAUUUUUUAGUAUGACCCAUGGCAUGGGUAUAGGGACAACACAGUGACACACAAAUGCAUUUCACUGGAGGGUGGAGCAAAUAAAAUAGCAAGAGGGAAUCAAGUACAAGUAUAAUUUUAUAUAUCUAAGCAUAUAUGGCCUAAGAGCCACAUUUUAUCCUAGCUCAUAUAUUCAUGCUUAGUUAUUGAGAAUGUUUACAGCUUGUGUUUAUGAAGCCCUUCUAAUGAGGGACUCACACAGAGAGAUUUUAAAUUGAAUAAAUUAUAUUCCCAUCUACUUAUCUUUUAAUUAGUGUCUUUUACUAUUAUUUUUACUAAAACCUAGGCAUUCAUCUUGCUGUUUGCAUAAGUACAACCUGCAUUUUAAACUCAGAUCAAAUGCAUAGUAACCUUGCUUCAAUGUUAAAAAAUUUUAUCAGACCGAUUUUAUAAAUAUGGGAAAAGUAGAAUUCCACUUUAAUUUGGAAUUACAUAGACAGGGACAAUAUAAAGUUUGUUUCUGUGCUAUCAAACAGUUUGCUAGUCUGUUAGAAAAUAUCAGCAACUUUCAGGGGGAAAAGUGUUGGACCCCCCUAAACAAACUUGACAGGGAGAUAUUGGGGUGUUCUUUUAAUGGCUUCCAUUGGGUAUUUUGUGCUCAGUAGAGGUGAGUCAUCUGCUCAGUAAGCAGACAUCUUGGUAUCCUGAGAAUUCACUUCCUUCCAGGUGUCAUCCCAGCUCACUUGGAAUCUCAAAUUCAGGAAUGACUUCUAGGAAUUAACACCAAGGUCCUUAAGAGACCGUGGGCAUGUCACCUCUGGUAAUAGCAGAGACUGGGGGCAGAGAGGACAGGCAAGGACACGGCCCCAACUCUCUCCUCUGAGCUGUGCUUCUUAUAAACAAUUAAGUUUGUUGGUUGUGACUGAAACUAUUGGUGUCUUGUUCAUUUUACAGUUUUCUGAGGCUUUCGUCCUCAUUGCCUGGGACCUCAGCUUUCUGUACCCUUGGAUCAGUCAUUCAGCUCCAUUCCUGAGACUCUCCUGUAUCUCCAUUUCCUUAAGUUGACUUUUCCCCCAACCCCGCCUGGCUCCUCUGGUCUGCAACGGAGGCUUCUGCCAUCCUGACCAGAAUGGCAAGAAUGACUUGAAGACACUUUUAAUUUACUUUAAUAUUAGAAAGUAAUAGUUCUACUUACUAGAACUUAGUUUAUACUUCCUCUAACUCAGAUUGACUUUCUUCCCAUUUACUCAGUAGGAUCAUAGACUCAAAGGGAUGAUGUAAUCCAACCACCUCAUUUUACAAAUUAACAGAACUUUUAGGUUAAGUGCUACAUCUAGGCUUUAGCAGGCUACCUGACUCUUAGACCAGCACUGUUUCUGUAAGUGAUCAAUAUGUUAACUAGAAGUACAUUUUAUGUAAAUUUUAAGGAAAUUUUCUCACUUCUUUUAAAUUUUUGAAAAUUAAACAAGAAGCACCUCAGUGUGUACCCAUUCUAAACUACCCAGUACAGAAAUAGAAAGUGAAGUCAGCCUCCAUACAAAUGUGCUGGCCCCUCCAUUCUCCUUUCCUUACUACAAAUCCUUUAAGAAAUUCUGUGCAUUUACAUAUGUAUGUAUAAAAACAUGUAGAGAGUUUUAAAAUCAAAUCAUUAGGGAACUCUUAUACCACGUUGGCAUUAACUUUUUGGGCAGAAGCAGGGAUUUCUGAGAUAAUUCUCUCCUAUAUGAGUCUAUAUCAAAUGUAGCAGCAGUUAAUAGAGACAUUUCACAGACCUGGUUGUGUUCCAUCAAGCUCUAUUACAUCCUAAAGUUUAAAGGUGAAUUCCAAUAUGCAAUAUCCUGUUUUUCUUACUGGAAAUAUAAUUUUCUGUUUCUAUGCCACCAACUAAGAUCCAUACACUGUGAGAAGAAAGUGAAUGACCCACCUCCAAAAUCCAAAUCUAUUUCCUUGACAGAGGCUUCCUUGGCUCUGUGUCUCAGCAGAGGCGUACCGUACUGUAGAAAGCAGAAAGUCAAGGGAAUAAGCUUUAUAAUAGCUGAUGAAGAUUCUGGCAGUCCUUACUAUUUUCCCAGUCACCUUCCUUAGCUCUCCUAAUUUUCAAGCUACCAGUAAAACCUAUGAACUGUAGUAGGGUAAGAACAUAGCUUCCUUUGGCCACUCCUUCACUUCCUGCCCUCCUUCCCAUCCAGCUUCUCCUUUCUGGUUGUGUCUUCUUACUUAUUUCUGACAAUGCUUGGAAGCAAGUUAUGUGAAACCCAGAUAUUCUGAGUCUCCAACAUUAGAGAGGAGAGGUGGCCAGUUUCUGCAUGAACUAGGCAAAAGACCUAGGAACCCCACAUAUGGCUCUUGUCCUGGGCCUAGUGUCUUCAGCUGUCUGACCUUGAGCGAAUCACUUCAUUUCUCAUUUAACCAAGUUUCUCAAAUGGGAGAGUGAGCAAAGAUGUGCCUUAAGGUUCUAAGUUCAGAAAUUCAGGUCCCUUCACUUAAAUAUUAGAAAAUGAGGGAAGUACAUGCAGUCUAUAAAGCUCUAGAUGUUCCUGGCACCUUCGUGUUUCCUUUGUACAGUAGCCAUCCUGUGAGUCGCCAUAUAUGAACACAUAGGCUAUUCCCCUGUGCACAUAUUCAACAAGAAGAAAUGGCUUUUUCAUUGUCUGUGAUAGGAAAUAAGUACAGGUGCUGUUUAUUUCUCUGAAGGACAUUUGUAUGAAAUGCCGGGUUUAUCAAAUUUAUCAAAUGCAAUAAGACAUCUGCCAUCUGAUGUUGAGAUAGGAUUCUGGGAGCCAGGUCAGAGUUCUGCAUUUGCUCACUGGAUUCAGGCCAAAGCAGGAGCCCAUCCUUUGGUUUGAUUGAUUCAUCAUGAGGCAGCCAUGGGUUUGCACAUGGAGAAAUCAGACUGUCAGAUCAGAUGGUAAAGUUGAUUCUCAAACUUCUAUUUCUAGGGUUAUGGCACCAAAGAAUUGGAAGUUGCUUUGCAAAAAUGUCAUCUCUGUACAGCCUAAUUCUGCCAUUAGAGCUGUGGAGAUAUUUUACAGUGAGAGCAGAGGUUCAGAAUGUCAUGGUCUGGUCUGUCCACAGGUGUUAGCUUCAUGGAGACUCUGACGCAGGCCCAAAGCUGGCAGAGAGACAGAUGAUGCAAAAGAAGGUGAGCUUGGGGGUCAGGGGGCCUGGGCGUCUGUCUGCCUCCAGUGCAGCUGCCGAGUGCCCUUGGGGCCUGGGCAUGCCACCUGUUACCUCUGGACUUCAGGUUCUUCACCUCUGAAAUAGGAGGGUCAGCGGAGAUGUCCCUUUUUGCUGAAAAGUUUUAUAGUUGUCUGAUAUACACUAUUGGCCUCACACCACAGAAAGUUGAAAACGUGAGUGUGUAAUACCUUUCUGCUGGCAUCUCCAGUUAUACAUCAUCAUUCUGAGCAAAUGAGGACCUUGCCCAAGGCUGUUAGUUAGGUGUUACUGUUACAGGUGCUAGGCAGUCAUGGAGACUCAGGCUAUUGAAAUAUCUGCUUAUUCCUUCAUUUAUCUUUUUAUUCAUUCUGUAUAAAGAGUACAAAUACAUGUGCAGUUUGCGCCUGUGAAAGAAUCAAAAAUGUUUCUACCCUUCAGGAUCAUUUAGACAGAUUUUUAAGAAUAAAUAACUCUCCUGAACUAACAAAAAGGAACAAUGAUGGUUUCCCAGCCAGUUAAUCAUGUAUAGCAAGAACCCAAAGAUUUUUCUCAUGCCAUCAUUAACCAAAACUGAUUUCAAAGAAAAGAUAAUCUUUUCCACCGGAAUUUCCACCAUAGACAGAACCUGUAUCUGUCUGAGAGCAUAGAGUCAGUUGUGGCACAACGAACCCCAAAGCUUACCAUCAUUCCAUGGCUGGGGAAUAGUGUGGCUUUGGGAAGUUGCAUGGCUUUGGGAAGUUGCAUGGCUUUGGGAAGUUGGGGAGAUUAUUGGCACCUCCAGCUUCCUCUGAAGACAACUUAACAAAUGCUUACACACUAAGAUACACAGAUUUGUAAGGCCUUAAGGCUCUUAAGGAGAAUGACUUGAAUAAUUUUAACAAAGACUAAACACCAAAAGGAAUUAUUUCUAAUGGUCAAACUUGUGAUACCAGCCAGAGAAAAAAGGGCUCCUUUUGGGGCUAGAGACUGUGGAAGACCUUCAGGUCCUUCCACCUGUGUGUGCCACGCAAAAGCCAUGCUGGAUGCAUGGCUAGUGAGGGCCCAGCCUCCUAAACCUUUGUGGAAACUCCAAAAUGCUCUAAAGGUCAGGUUUUCUGCAGAUGAUUUUAUUUGCUACAGAUGUCCCCAGUUCCAAAUUUACUUCCCUCCCCACUAUAAAUGUAUCAUUUUGGAAGCUUAUGAAAAUUAAGUCCUAGGAAAAUUCUGCCUCCAUCCCACUAAAUAGCAUCCACAAGUCCAAAGCAAAAUCACUUCCUUGACCUACACACAUAACUACCUAUUCCUUUUUUUUAAAUUUAUUAUUGAUAUACAUAUUAUUGAUAUACAAUCUUAUGAAGGUUUCACAUGCCAACACUGUGGUUUCAACAUUCACCCAUAUUACAUCCUCACCCCCCACUUUGCAGUCACUGUCUAUCAGCAUCUUUUUAAGUCUGUGACUCAAAAAGUGUGUGGAAGAAGUCAUGGGAGAGGAGUGACCCCCCUCACCACACAGGCAGAACAGGGCUUGCCCACGGAAUCCAGGCAGAAGGGACGGUAUGUGCUGGGUGGUCUCUUUCCUCAUAAUACCCCCCUGAACUCCCUCUCACAUUGCAUUGCUCUCCCUGACCAGCAAGGUGCGGCCAAGAAAUCCAUUUCAGUAAGUGACGUAAAUGUCCUCAGUGGAGCCGUGCCUCUACCUCACUGUCCUUUUGGCUUGUACCCCAGGAUCCUUGCUCUGUUCCCAAAGAAAUAAAGUUACCCUCAUCCUUCUCAGGGGAAAAAAGGUCAAUUGGUAUCUUAGCCCUAACAUUUCACCCUCUUUUAUCUCAGAGAAGUCCCUUUAUAAUUGUUCUUUUAAACUCAAGCUUAAAUAGACCCCGAGACACGCAACUCCAUGCUACAUUCUGUUGCCUGUAGUUGUCCUUCCAUCUAAUUGGGGAAAGCUUAACUCUAAUGAAGCAGCUACUGGUUCCUUUGCCUGUUCACUCUCAGUAUUCCUUUACCAAUAUAUUCUUUGUUAUCUAGGUCCUGAAAUAUACUUUAUGGUUUUUUUUUACUUUAAUUUUUAUCUUACAGAAUUGCUUCUCUUACCUUUUAGCAGACUGCGAUCUUUUUUCCUUUUGAGUACUUGAUAAUACGAUUUGAACAUAAUGGAACAUUGUAAAAUAAAGGCAGGCAGGGAUUUCAUCAUAGCCAAUACUAAAUGCUAGGAGUGGCAGAUGAAAUUAAGGAACAAAUAAAGAACGAACUGGGAUGGAAGAAGCUGAAUUUCAUAAUCAACCAGUAUCUCUUGGGCUUCUAGCCGCAUGCUGAGCACUGGACUAGGCACGGAGGAUGCAGAAACAAAUAAGACAGCAUCCUAGCCUUCAGGCUCAUAUUCUGAUAAGUCCGUUCAUAAGAACUGUAAUUCAAAGCUAGCCACACCCCCAAAGGCUAUUGGAAGCUUUGUAACUUAUUUCUACAACUAUCUAUGGUUUCUUACUCUAUUUGGAAAGCAAUCAGUUCUAAAUUCUGUUUUCUUGGGCUGUUGAAAAUCCAUUCUUGUCCCUAUUUGAUGUAUAGUUAUAUGUAACCUUCACAGAAUAGAAAUGUCCCCAGAGUCUUUGAAGGGAAAGGCAAAGAAAUCUGUUUUGAUGGCUUGAAAAGAAAUGGAAAGGUUUUAGGGAAACCUAACAAGCUCAAAGACUUCAGAUCUGCUAGUGUUGAUUCAGACAUGAGAUUUGGCAGAGAGAAAAGCUUUCAAGCAAGGGAGAGAUGGAGCCAUAUAAGAAGGCCCAGGAGACCACCGUGAGAGAGUUAGUGAGACAUUAGCCAGGCCUGUAGGCAUUCGUUAAUAUGUUUGCUGAGCAAAAGAAGCUUAGAGGCAGGGAAUUGCGGUGGAAGCAGAUUCUGGAAAACAAACCCCAAACUGGCUCAUUCUCCCAAAGUGAUCUGGCCCGGGCUCCUGCCUCCAAGCACAUCCUGCGUGCAGUGUGUCUGGCCAACUGCUUUCUCAGCUCUCGAGGGAUGGAGAUUCUACAAGCUCCAUGUCAUCUGUUCCAGAGCCACUUCCUUUUGCACUUAGAAGUUCUUGCUUUCAAAGAAUGGAGGCAGGAGAGAGGUGGUCAGGAAAUAGAGUGGCAGAGGGGUGACAAGUAGAGCAAACCAGGGCAGAGGACCCCAGAUGAAGAGGUCUUGUAGUGGAGCUGGAGGUGGGGGAAGUGUCCCGAUCCCACGGCUUCACAUUGCCCAGCAUGUGGGAAGGCUGGGAGGUGGAGCCAGCCGUCUGGGAGCAUCGCCCGCACAGAUGCCCUGUCUGGCAGAGUGGAGGUUCUUCUUCGGCUCUGAGAAAGGGAAUGUAGCUAUCCACCGCCCCCCAAGAGAAACUCUGUGUUUUAUUCAAGUUUAUAAUUUUUACAACCUACCCCUCUUCCAUCCUGCAAAGGACUGUUCCGUGAUUGAAAGCAUGCCUUCAAAACCCUAUUGUGUCUCCUGCAGUCUGACAGAGUCGUGACUUUUCAUACCAAUUCUUGGAGGCAAAGAAAUCUUGGGUAGUCCAAGCGGACAGAGGUCCAAGUUACCAUCCUUACUCCAUUCAGACUUUUCCAUCUGCUUCUGUCCUCUCAGUUGCCCUCUUAGAAGCAAGCCAGAAAACCUGUCCAACCAAACUCACUAUCUGAAAGCCCAAGCACUUUAUUUUCCUUUUGCUUCUCAAGCCACAGAGUAAUUAGUAUAAUUUUACACCAUUUAUAGUUCUUUGGCUUUCGUGGCUCCGUACCACAUGACAGAGCAGGAAGGCAGGCAGGGGCAGGGGCAGCAGGUAGAAGGAAGCAGAGGGAGGAUGGUUGCAGAACAGAGCAGAGGCUGGAGCAGGGCAGGAGCCUUCAGGGGUCCCACAGCCGUCACAGUCCACACUGGCUGGCCUAUCAUGCAAAUAGGCUUCCCCCAACCUCACCCGUGUUCCCCAAGUUUUCCAGUAGUGGCCCUCCUCUCAGCCUUGGCCUCCCUCUUGGCCUGGAGUCUCAUGUCAGUUCAUGCCCUUCCGUUUCCUCCUCCCAGUUGCAGGCUGCACUGAAACCUCUGACUCGUUUUCAGCCUAAGGAAGAACAAAUUCCUUUCCUCUUGGGAUCUGGGACCACCCUGGGCAUGGGUUUUGGCUAGAACUGCUACAGUUGAAUGACUGCCAGAGUGAAAUAGUACUCUCGUGGGCUGCAGUGGACUGCCUGUCGCUAGGGCUCUACGUAAGAGAAUGGGUCAGGACUGUCCCAGAGGACUGAGGAUAGACCAGAUGAUCUCUUGUGAUGCCUCCCAGUUCCAGCACCCAAUUUUAAAACAGCAACACUAAGAUCCAGGCGAUACACAGGCUCCAUGACAGCAGGUACCCCUCCUCCCGUGUGUCUGGGCAAACUUUCUCCACUGGGCACAAGACACGGUGCAAAUCUGAACGGGUGCAGGGAGGGCUUAGAAUCUAACCACACUGAGACUUGAUCCUGGGGGGGAGGGGUGCGUAUCUGCUGGCUCAGCUCUGCGAUCUGGUGAGUCUGGUCUAUGCAACUGUCAAAGCAUGAGUGUGUGUGAUGAAUUUUCCCUCUGAAGCUCAUCACAACUUAUGAAGUGUUCUGUGCAUUUUUAAAUGAUUCUUACCAUGUAAAGAUUGUAUUACAUUUUAAUAAUAAAUUUUUUUGCAUUUUACUUUUGUAAUAUUUGGGGUUUUAUAGAUUUUUAUUUUAUGGCCAAGUAUACUUUUGUAAGGAAAUGUUGAAGUCUUCAGUAUUUUUAUUCUUUUAAGACUCUAGUUAAUGUCAACUGUAAGCACUGAUAAAUAUUAUUCAUAUGUAAUUUCCCAUCGGGUCUUUUUAAGAAACUGUGUUUUGGCAUAGCAUUUUACUUUAAAAACUGCUUCAUUUUACACAUUGUGAAUACUGAAGAUUCUGAAAAAUAAAGAUGCAUUUUAAAUCUC